AUGCCAAUGUUUCAUAAAACAGGCUUGGUACCGAUCAGACUGAGCCGUGACGGUGGUCAAAGCUUCCCGUUUUUUGGAAAAUUCUAUGUCGUUGUUCCCGAUCGUGCACCGGCCCUAGUCUCCUUGAAGGAUGACGUCGACGACAUUCAUAAUAGAUGGUAA